CUCAGAUCUCAAGAAUCAAAUGAUGUUCACGUAGUAAAUGACUGAAACUUGCUGUCGUUUAAGAAAAACGAAGAACUUUCAAGAACUUUCGCGGCUUUCACUGUUUCACAUCGAUUACCGUGUGAAAUAUAGAGAACGUUGAGGCCUCACUGGCUUAACGACGACGACGACGUCUUUGGGAAGGUUUAGCCGCUUAUAAUCAUUUUCCGCAUGUCCCUUUGAAUUCUGUCAUGGCUUCUCUGCUUCUGGUAUCACUUCCAAUUCCAUCUCUGGCCCCCAGUUUAUCGUUCUCUCAGUCAGAAACCCUUUCUCUUCCAAACCCCAAAUGCCCCGAUUCUAUUUCACUCUCUGCAACAAGUCCAACACCACCAUUAAUUUACUGUGGCAGAGGUGACAGAAAGACUGCCAAAGGCAAGCGCUUUGCGCACUCUUUUGGAAAUGCGAGGCCUCGGGACAAGAAGAAGGGGAGGGGUCCACCGAAGCCUCCGAUGCCUCCGUCGCAGCCUAAGAAAGAUCGGUUCGAUGAUGAUUAGGUUGUGAAGAUUGAGGUUGAUGAGUCCUUGUUUUGUAAUUAACGAUGCUGAGCUCUGUUUUUCAUUUUCGUGUAAAUUUUGACACCGGAAUUCAUUCUACUGUUCACACCAUUGCUUCUAUGGAUUUUUAAUUUGCAAAUCAAAGCAAUUUGAGUGUGUGCGGGCGCUGUUUCUUGUUUCUUCUUCAUUUUGAGUCUUGCAUGUGUGUUACUUCACAAUAUUGUAUCCUUUUUGU